AUGAUAGAUAGCACCCACAGGCCACAGGCCACGGCCACAGGCCACAGGCCACAGGCCACGGCCACAGGCCACAGGCCACGGCCACAGGCCACAGGCCACGGCCACAGGCCACGGCCACAGGCCACAGGCCACGGCCACAGGCCACAGGCCACGGCCACAGGCCACAGUUACAUCAUGUGA